AUGGAGCCCAUCGCAGAUUCAGCAGGGAAUGAAUGGCGCCACAACACGCCAGGAUCAUGGGCUGUCUCAAAGGCGACCCGAGAUAUAUCGGAUGAAAUCCUCCUCCUCGCACGCAUCCUAGUCAAGAUCCUAGUCAAGAAGCUCUCCCAAGUCCCAUUCGCCAAGCACUUUACCCAGCUCCUCCUCGCUGGUGUCGUCCCAGCAAUCGCCUCGGCCCGGGCCUUGUCUCGACGCGCAGUGGAUUGCAGCUUCACCACCAAUCCGUCGACUGGAGAUACGUGUGAGAGCUUUGCAAGAAGUUGGUGUCUCACGGUAGAUAAUCUUAAGGCGUUGAACCCUGGCCUCGCCUGCCCAAACAUUGGCACCACCAAGUGGUACUGCGUGAUCGAGCCCACCAACGAGCCCGCCAUGCCGGGCAUCGUCGACAACUGCGACGGCUUCUACAAGGUCUCGUCUGGCGACCAAUGUGACACCAUUGCCGCCGACCACGGCAUUAGCAAAGCCCAAUUCCUCGAGUGGAACACCGAGCUCAACGAGCGUAAGCCCAUCUCUUCUUCCCGUCCAAAGAUACCACCACCGUUAGCAAGUCAGAGAUCUAACAUUCCCCUCCUUCAACAUAUAGAAUGCUCCAACUUCUGGCUCGACUACUACGUUUGCGUGCACGUCCCCGGCGCAACCACCGGACCGCAGCCGCAGAUGCCCGGGAUCAUCAGCACCUGA